AUGCUCGAGGACCAAGAGCGGACGCAUGGGAUGAUGGUCAACCUGCCCAGUGUGGAUCGUGUGCAUCCCACGCAUGAGCCGGCUCCUCCAGAUGGACCAGCUACCGCCUUGCGCCUGGCCGCUGUGGAAGAAUCCAUGAACCUCAAGAACUCUGCGGCUCGGCGUGCGCGGUCCUAUCACUCCACUCAGCCCAAGCGGCCAACGAGAGCCUCUGUCAUGGAAUGGGCCUUUGGUCUCAAACGACAGGGCAGCGCCCGCUUCGAGGGCAUCUCCUCCUGCCGGACGAGGGUGCUGCGCCUGGUGACGCACACCGUCUUCGAAACUGCUUCGAUGUUGAUGCUCCUGGCAAAUGCCAUUGCCAUUGGGGUGCAGACCGACUACAUGGCCGUCAACCAGGUCCCCUCAGUGCCGCAGGCCCUGCGUACCAUGGACAUGAUCUUCUGCAUCUUCUUCAGUCUGGAGCUCACAUUGAGGCUGGUGGCCUUCGGGAAGAAGUUCUUUGUAAUGACCGGCUGCGCUUGGAACAUACUGGAUAUCAUCCUGGUGAUCGCACAGGUCACGGAGGAGCUCCUGUUGGCCAUUGCCGGAGGAAUGCAGUCCAAUGCUGACGUGAUGCGGGCCGUGCGGAUCAUGCGUGUCAUCAAGGUCUUGCGCUUGGUCGGCAUGCUAAGAAUGGCCGAGGAUUUGCAGCUGUUGAUCAACUGCCUCCUCCUGUCUCUGAAGCAGUUCGUGUGGUCGGCCUUGCUACUGAUGAUGGCCAUCUACGUCAUGGCGGUCUAUGUGACGCAGGCAGCCACCACCUACCGCCUGGAGAGCAGCGAGGGCAUCUACGCCAAGGCCAGCGCCCAUCCCCCACCAUGUGCGCCGUUGAGCGUGCUCUCCUUAUUCCAGGGCAUCGCAGGUGGGGUCGAUUGGCAUCAGAUUUCGGAGCCUUUGAUGAAUGGUAUCUCACCCUGGUUCGGCCUUCUCUUCGUGAUCUUCAUGGCCUUUUGCAUUUUGGCCCUGCUGAAUGUGAUCACAGGCACCUUUGUGGAGACCAUGAGUCAGCAGGCCAAGGAUUUGCACCUGCGCGGGCGCAUUGUCCAGGCGCGACGGCUCUUCAAGGAGAUCGACACGGAUGCCUCGGGUUACAUCAGCCCGGAUGAGAUCCUGGAGCACACGACCAACGCGGCCGUGCAAGAGUUCUUCGAAACCAUCGACGUGCAUCCAGAUGAGGCCAAGAACCUCCUGGAGGUGAUCGACUUGGAUGGGAACGGCAAGGCGUGCGUGGGCGGCGGCUGA